AUGGGUCUUCGGCGGGAGCUCAAAGCGCAUCAUCUAGUUAUGCCAACAACAGCGGUCUCCAAGGGAACCUCGGCGGGAGCUCAAAGCGCAUCAUCUAGUUACGCCAACAACAGCGGUGGCUCCAAGGGAACCUCGGCGGGAGCUCAAAGCGCAUCAUCUAGUUACGCCAACAACAGCGGUGGCUCCAAGGGAACCUCGGCGGGAGCUCAAAGCGCAUCAUCUAGUUACGCCAACGACAGCGGUGGCUCCAAGGGAACCUCGGCGGGAGCUCAAAGCGCAUCAUCUAGUUACGCCAACAACAGUGGUGGCUCCAAGGGAACCUCGGCGGGAGCUCAAAGCGCAUCAUCUAGUUACGCCAACAACAGCGGUGGCUCCAAGGGAACCUCGGCGGGAGCUCAAAGCGCAUCAUCUAGUUACGCCAACAACAGCGGUGGCUCCAAGGGAACCUCGGCGGGAGCUCAAAGCGCAUCAUCUAGUUACGCCAACAACAGCGGUGGCUCCAAGGGAACCUCGGCGGGAGCUCAAAGCGCAUCAUCUAGUUACGCCAACAACAGCGGUGGCUCCAAGGGAACCUCGGCGGGAGCUCAAAGCGCAUCAUCUAGUUACGCCAACAACAGCGGUGGCUCCAAGGGAACCUCGGCGGGAGCUCAAAGCGCAUCAUCUAGUUACGCCAACAACAGCGGUGGCUCCAAGGGAACCUCGGCGGGAGCUCAAAGCGCAUCAUCUAGUUACGCCGACAAACAGUGGUGGCUCCAAGGGGUCCACGGCGGGAGCUCAAAGUGCAUCAUC